AUGAAACUUGGAAAGGGCACCUCUCAGAAAACGUUCUGCUUUCCCAGAUACUUUUCGUAUGCUGUCAGACAGAUCCUCCUGUUCCUACAUGUAAUCAGUGCAUUUUAUCGACAAGAUACCGUCAGCGUCUUUCAUCAUGAUUCUAAGGUUCUUAUUUCAGCAGGUCAACUGUUCUUGGCAGCCCUCUAUUCACCUAAUGCAGAUGAAACCUCCUUGGACAAAAUCCGCUACGAUAUAGUUUUAAAUUUCCUAACAAAGCCAACUUUUAAUCUGGCCUCUCUACCUCCAAAAAAUGCAGCCGAUUCCCAACAUAUUCUGCAGGUGUACCUACAAAUCCAGGGCUUGUAUGAUAGAUCAAAGGAUCCUCUCAGCUUGGAUUGGAGAAGGACGGACCUUGGCCUUCUCUCCAUCAUAAACACCAAGGAUCCAGCGCCAGCUGAAAUUCUCAACACAUUAUCCUGCAAAUGCAUGAAGAAGUGUACAGGGAAGUGGAGCUGCCGAAAAGUAGGCAUGAAAUGUUCAACAAUAUGCCUCAACUGCAAAGGCUAUUCAUUCAAAUUGAGUAUUCUUCGAGAUUGA